GACCAACACAAAGAUAAGAAAAAGACCCACAUUUUGGCUUUGAAAGCUGCUUGUUUGGGGUCAGAGUGCAGGGUCAUAGCAGAGCCUGGAUUUGAACUGCCAAUCUUCCGGUUGAUAGCCCAAAGCUCUACCCACUAGGCUACCACUGUACCUUUAUGAAAACUCCUGCAGCUGUCAAUGUUGUAGUGCCCUGCAAUGCACUGGCCGUAUCCAAUGUUUCUGUUCUGCAGUCAAUGUUUUGGGUUUGCACCAGAUUCACUACGACCCGGAACAUGUGGUCCAGGUGACAUGGGUUCAAACCUUGCCGCCAGAUACAGUACUGUUAAUAUGGAUUUGGCAUGAUCUUCAUACAUCAGUAUGGGUUUUUUCUAGGUACUUCAGUAUCAUACCUCCUCCCAAAGCACGAAGAAGAUAAACAGAGAUAAUUUGGUGUUCCAGAUGGCUUUCACUGACAGGAGAGAUUCUCCUGAACUUCCUGACUUUUCUCUGCUUAAAAGACUUGCCAAGGAUCAGCUCAUCUAUAUACUGGAACAGCUCCCUGGGAGGAAGGACUUAUUUAUUGAUGCAGAUUUGAUGAGCCCACUCGACCGAAUAGCCAACGUUACCACACUCAAGGAACAUGAAGUGGAUAAACUGUAUAAGGUUGAGUUCAAACCCAUCGUCAGUGUUGCAGAUCAAUUGUGCUUUUUGAUACGCCCUCGAAUACAGACUGUAAACUGGAUUGCAGAGUUAGUUAAUGCAGACAAGAAAGCUGGAAGAGUAAGAAGAUAUAAAAUCAUAUUUAGUCCUCAGAAGUUCUAUGCAUGUGAGACUGUUUUGGAGGAGCAGGGCAUCUAUGGUGAUGUGACAUUUGAUGAGUGGGCUUUCUAUCUCCUGCCACUUGACGAUGACAUAAUCAGUUUAGAACUUCCUGAAUUCUUCAGAGAUAAUUUUCUGGACGGAGAUCAGCGCUGGGUGACGACUGUAGGAAGUGCAUUACACCUCCUACACUCCCUGUAUGGCCCUUUCUCAAAGGUUUAUGGAAUUGGAAGAAGUGCCAAGAUGGUGUACGAGUCAUGGAGGGAGCAAGUGGAGAACGGGGAGCAGAAAGCACAACAGCCUAUGAUUGGAAAUAUUUUUCUUAUUGAUAGAGAUGUGGACUACGUAACUCCUCUGUGCUCUCAGGUUGUCUAUGAAGGAUUAGUAGAUGACAUUUUUAGAAUUAAAUGUGGUUGUGUGGAGUUUGGUCCGGAUGUCACCUCCACUGACAAGAGUGUAAAAGUGAUGCUUAACUCACAAGACAAGGUGUUUAAUGAAAUUAGAAAUGAGCACUUCUCCAGCGUAUUUGGCUUUUUAAGUCAAAAGGCCAGAAGUCUUCAGACAGCGUAUGACAAACGGCGAGGGAUGGACAUUCAGCAGAUGAAGUCGUUUGUUUCGGAGGAGCUGAAAGGCCUAAAGCAGGAGCAUCGACUUCUCACACUACAUAUUGGUGCAAGUGAAAGCAUAAUGAAGAAGAAAACGAAGCAAGAUUUCCAGGAACUGCUGAAGACCGAACACUCUUUACUGGAAGGUUUUGAAGUCAGAGAGUGCAUUUCCUGUAUUGAGGAGCACAUUAAUAGACAGGUCUCAAUGAUUGACAGUCUAAGACUGCUUUGCCUUUUAUCUCUCACUGAAAACGGACUUUUAUCAAAAGAUUAUCGGUCUCUGAAAGCUCAGUACCUUCAGAGUUAUGGUACAGAACACCUGCUGACCUUUGCAAACCUGAAGCAGAUGGGUUUACUGGUGGAGCAGCAGCCUGGAGAAACAUUAACAGCCAUGGAAAGCAAAGUGGGCAAACUGGUCAAUGAUAAAACAGCUGGAAAGCUAACCGAUGCUUUCUCCUCACUGGCCAAAAAGAGCAACUUUCGUGCGCUUAGUAAAAGACUGAUGCUGAUACCUAAAACUGCUGAGGAGUACGAUCUCCGUGUCCCAAAAGACAUGGCAUAUAUCUUCAGUGGGGCGUAUAUUCCUCUAAGCUGCAAACUGAUUGAACAGGUGUUAGAGAGGAACGGCUGGACAGGAUUGGAAGAGGUUACACGCAUGUUGAAUGGACAAGAAUUUGCAGUUACAGGAGGUACAGAAGGAAGACUGAAAACAGACCCUCAGAGGAUUAUCCUGGUGAUGUUCCUGGGAGGAUGUACCUUUUCCGAAAUUUCAGCUUUACGCUUUUUAGGUAGAGAGAAAGGACUUAAGUUUAUUGUGGUAACUACUGCCAUCACGAACAGUGCCAGGCUGCUGGAGGCUCUGCUGGAAUAAAUUCAUGCAGACUCGCUGGUUUCUGGCAGCAAGGUGGCAGCACUGGAGGGCAGUGUGGAGGGCAGUGUGACCUGUAUAAAGGACAGAGCUAAGUGGAACAUUCCUGAAAACCUUUGCCCUCAGACUUAUAUGGACUUUGAUCCUUUCAAUGAACAAAAUCACUACAUGCACUACUACAUUUGUGUAAAUAUCGUGUGUAGGUAGCUAACUUUGGAACAUUUUGCAGCUACAGGAUGGAGUUUCAGAUGCACCAUUAAUGUAAAAAUGAGUGGACAAUAAACAUGUCUUUGUUUUUAAA